UAAACUGCAGAAAUUAGGGGAAGGAGAAGGAUCAAUGACUAAGGAAGAGUUCACAAAGAUGAAGCAGGAACUUGAAGCUGAGUACUUGGCUAUAUUCAAGAAAACCGUUACCAUGCAUGAGGUUUUUUCGUGUCGUGUAGCUGCACAUCCAGUUCUUCGAAAUGACUUAAACUUUCAUAUCUUCUUGGAAUAUAAUCAAGAUCUGAGUACUCGUGGAAAAAAUAAAAAGGAGAAGCUGGAAGAUUUCUUUAAGAAUAUGGUAAAGACAGUUGAUGAAGUUCUUGUUGGAAGUGUUAAGGAUGUUGAUGAUUACUUCGAACACGAGAAAACCUUCCUUCUAGAAUAUAAUAACAGAAUAAAGGAUGCAGCAGUCAAGGCAGACAAAUUGACAAAAUCGCACAAGAAUGUGGCAGAUGACAAUAGUAGAAUUAGUUCAACACUGUACACUUUAGGAACGCAAGACUCAACAGAUCUAUGCAAAUUGUCUCCCCCAUAA